GCCAGAAUUUCCUUACGGUCUCUUCUCUCUCUCUGAGGCCACUCAUCUCUUUCACUUGCCGUAGCACGCUGUCCAUCGUCCACUAGCCACCAGAUUCAGUACUAAAUCAAUCCAGCCUACUUGAUCAUUAUGUAUGAAUUUGGCCGAACACUGUUCCAAUUCCAAUUCCAUAGAAAGCUGCAUGUAUUAUCCCGUGAUGGUCCUAGCCAAACCCUAAAGAUGAAAAUUGCUGAAUUAGAGAAGAUCAGGAAGAAGAAGAACACCAAGAAAAAUCAGUUAUUUGUGGAGACUCCCGAAUCGAAAUCAUACUUGGAUACAGCCACUAUGCCGAUGAUUCUCACUGCAGUUGGAGUUGCAGUAUUUGCAAAGCUCCUGAUGAUGUAUGAUGAGUCAAAAUCCCAAGAGAUGAUUGAGCGCAAAAUAAAGAAUGCUCCUGCUGGUCAAGGCACUGUUAGAAUGCUCACUCGAGAGGAGUGGGAAGAAAUCCAAGAAUUGCGGCCAAGGACUCCGUUUGAAUCUAAGCUUGCUCGGCCAAAUGCCCGGAUAAGAACUGGCGAACCUUUGCACGUGGAUGAUUUGAAGGAUUGGACAAUCGAUGUGCUAUCAGAUGCACUCACAAGAGCUGAAGAAAGUGUUAGACACAGAUCCAAGUGACUAUGGUAACUUACAGCCUCUAUAAACCCCCCCCCCCCCCC